GUAUGGCGGCGCGGAUUGCAUUGGAGAGCGGGGGAGAAGAGGAGACAUGCCAGAGAUGGUGAAAAAGAAACAAAGAGGAGCAAGUUCUUUAAUGAAGUGUCCACAUAGUUAUAGUUGGUGCUCUUUUUCCGAGGUGGCGUCCGGCUUCAAAAACUGCGCUUGCAAUUCAUUCUCGGGGCCAGCCCAGCUUUUUUUCCACUGCCCUCCCUCAAUGGAGCAAGUUUGUUUUUUUAUGAUGCAUAGAGAGAAGGGUGAGCUAAGCAGAUGAAAACCCGCACGCUCCACAUCAUCGGGCGAUAUUUUCUUCCUCCCUCUGCACGUUUUUGGACAAUUGCAGUCCUCGGAUGCUCGUCUAGCUGUCAGUGUCUGGCCUGCAUGGGGGAAUUUCUACAAUGAAAUCUAUCUUGGGGCAGCGAGUCUUUGUGCUCUGCCAUAGCUGAGCAGCGGGCGAGCAAAGUCUGUAUUAUUGACAAGCCGUUUCAAUAUGGGACACGAAUGGUUGAAUGUGACAUUUUGAGUUCAUUUCAAUGACGCGCGGAGAUUGAUACCUUACGACUCGAUUUAAUCCACGAUGCGUGAGUAUAAAGUGGUGGUCCUGGGCAGCGGUGGGGUCGGGAAAUCCGCCCUCACUGUGCAGUUUGUUACCGGGACGUUCAUUGAGAAGUACGACCCCACCAUUGAGGAUUUUUACCGCAAGGAGAUCGAGGUGGAUUCCUCACCCUCGGUACUGGAGAUCCUUGACACCGCCGGCACCGAGCAGUUCGCCUCCAUGCGGGACCUUUACAUCAAAAACGGCCAAGGAUUCAUACUGGUCUACAGCCUUGUCAACCAGCAAAGCUUCCAGGACAUAAAGCCGAUGAGGGAUCAGAUCAUAAGAGUGAAAAGGUACGAGAAGGUUCCUGUGAUCCUGGUGGGGAACAAGGUGGACCUGGAGAGCGAGAGGGAGGUGUCGUCCAGUGAAGGCCAGGCCCUGGCGGAAGAGUGGGGCUGCCCGUUCAUGGAGACCUCAGCCAAGAGCAAAACCAUGGUAGACGAACUGUUCGCUGAGAUUGUUCGGCAGAUGGACUACGCCGCCCAGCCAGACAAGGAUGACCCCUGCUGCUCUUCUUGCAAUAUACAAUAGCCCCCCAGGGGCCUCCAGGAACAGGCCGGGCAAAAAGUCUACUUAGAGGAAGUUACUUGCAGCAACAGAGAUACACACUUAGACACAGUCACACACACAUGCACACGCCAGUUAAAUGGAAGAUAAAUUCAUGUUUGAACGUGAUGGAUUUGAACUCUACGAAGCAUAUAAAUCAACAGUGACAGUGAAUUAUUAAUUAUGACAUGUGAGUAUUGAGUACAUUUUGAAUGAGGAACGCCAGGAGUUUGCCACAAGAGAAAUUUGACAAAUGACAAAAAGGAACAUGCCCUUGCCUUAUGUUACUCUCUUUUGUUUGUUUAUAUCUUUUUGGUUGAGGGGUGGGGGGGUCUAGUCAUCAUCAGCAAAUAGUUACAGAUCAGGAUCUUUACUGCUUAGAUUGUUUAACGAUCUGCCAUGGCGAAUGAGUGAUUGAUAUAUGUUUUCUUCUGUUAACAUUUCACACAGAAUACUAAGAUGCUUUUUUUUUUGUUACUCAGUUGCAAGUAAGCAAACCCGAUAACAGAUUUCUUGGAUCCAGUUGUUUCAAAUCAUGGAGGAGUAUUUGAUUUAUGUACAAAUUUUCCCCCAGCUUACUUUGUGUAGUGGUUGUUGGGAGGUUUUUUUACUCAUCACAGGGCUGAACCAAAGAGGUUCCUGAAAGCACCUCCA